GUAGAGGUGGACAUGCACUACGAAUCCCAUGCGACAUUUGAAAAGCAUGUGCGGUUUAAAUACUGAGUUUCCUUUUCAAAACAUUUGUUUGUCUCAGCAGAUUGUCGGCUUUUGUCAGCAUCGGUGAUGAGGGUUUAAAGCACAAGCAUUAUGGAUGAGGACAGUAAACCGUUACUCGGAUCAGUGCGAGCUGUGGAGUCUUACGCAGAUUCACUGGACCCCAAGCAAAGAAGGCCGUUUCAUGUGGAGCCCAGAAACAUAGUGGGAGAUGAGAUUCAGGAACGGGUAUCCGCUGAAGCUGCAGCACUGAGCAGCAGAGUUCAUUACUAUGGCCGUUUGACAGCCUCUUCAGACCGACUGCUGGUCCCUCCAGAUCAUGUGAUUCCUUCUCCCGAGGACAUUUAUAUCUACAGUCCACUGGGAACAGCGUUCAAAGUGCAGGGGGGUGACAGUACUGCUAAAAACCCCAGCAUUGUCACAAUCUUCGCUAUAUGGAACACCAUGAUGGGAACAUCAAUAUUAAGUAUGCCAUGGGGCAUAAAACAAGCUGGUUUUACUCUGGGCAUCAUCAUUAUUGUUCUCAUGGGCCUGCUGACGCUCUACUGCUGCUACAGAGUAUUAAAGUCCACAAAGUCCAUACCAUAUGUAGACACGUCAGACUGGGAAUUUCCUGAUGUGUGUAAAUAUUACUUUGGGGGAUUCGGAAAAUGGUCGAGUCUUGUUUUCUCACUGGUGUCACUGAUUGGUGCAAUGGUGGUCUACUGGGUCCUUAUGUCCAACUUCCUGUUCAAUACAGGAAAAUUCAUUUACAACUAUGUUCACAAUGUCAACACGUCAGAUGCUUUUGGCACAAAUGGAACAGACAGAGUGAUAUGUCCAUAUCCAAAUGUGGAUCCAGACGGGGACCGUACUCUCGACUACUAUGCAAGUGAUAACGGCACAGGACAGGUGUUUGAUCGCUGGUGGAGUAAAACCAACACCAUCCCAUUUUACCUCAUUGUUCUGCUGCUGCCGCUCCUCAAUUUCCGCUCUGCUUCCUUUUUCGCUAGGUUCACCUUCCUGGGCACCUUGUCAGUGGUUUAUCUCAUCUUUUUGGUCACAUAUAAAGCUAUUCGAUUGGGCUUUCACCUGGAGUUCCACUGGUUUGAUUCAACGGCGUUUUUUGUUCCAGAGUUCAGAUCACUGUUUCCUCAGCUGAGUGGGGUUCUCACACUGGCGUUUUUUAUUCACAACUGCAUCAUCACGCUUAUGAAAAACAACAGACAUCAGGAAAACAACGUGAGGGAUCUGUCAUUGGCGUACCUGCUGGUGGGGUUAACAUACCUCUAUGUGGGCGUGCUGAUCUUUGCUGCUUUCCCAUCACCACCGCUGUCGAAAGACUGCAUUGAACCAAACUUUCUGGAUAAUUUCCCCAGCAGUGACGUCCUGGUGUUUGUUGCAAGGACUUGUCUUCUGUUCCAGAUGACCACAGUGUUUCCUCUGCUGGGGUACCUGGUGCGUGUGCAGCUCAUGGGACAGGUCUUUGGCGACCAUUAUCCAGGUUUCCUUCAUGUGUUUAUUCUAAACCUUCUUCUUGUGGGAGCUGGAGUUCUUAUGGCCAGGUUUUACCCCAACAUUGGCUCCAUCAUCAGGUAUUCAGGGGCCAUAUGUGGCUUGGCUCUGGUGUUUGUGCUUCCCUCUCUGAUCCACAUGGUCUCACUGAAACGCAGAGGCGAGUUACGCUGGCCUUCCGUUGUCUUCCAUGGCUUCCUCAUUCUGCUUGGAGUGGCCAAUCUGUUCGGCCAGUUCUUCAUGUAGCGCACUGUGCCUUAAAUCAACCUAACGUCGCCUGUGUUUACCUGACGGAAGAGGAAUUGGUGAGUCUGGAACGGUUCCUUGGAUAGUUCUCACAGGAAUGAAGUCGUAGGACUGGAAGGACAAAUAGUACUAAUCGAGUACCCAUGGAUUUCAUUACAAAAACUCAAAGACACACGACCUCUUAUUUUUGACAUUUUAAAAGGGAUUCAUUCAAGCUAUGCAUUUAUCAUGCUACUUUUUAACGGCUAUCAUUAGCUAUCAACUAUUUCAGCAGGAAAUCAAUAGUUUUAAAUGUAUUUCAUUUUUUUUUUAUUCAGAAUCACUAUAAAGAUUUGCUUCCUCAAUCUGAAUUUGAAACAUUUAGUUGAGUGCAGAGUGAAGACACUUAUGUUACAUGAAACGGGCAGGUGUUUUUUUUAUUACUUGAACUGUACCUGUGGAUUCUGCUUAUUCACAUUCAAUUAAAUUAUUCACAUUCAAAAUCAAGUGCUCCAAAAACUAAAGAAAGCUGAUUCAGAAAGUCAGCGUGCAACAUAAAUGUAACCUCAAGGUCUUCCGGACCUGGUCCACACUGAGUGUCGUAGAAAUGUUGUGAAAUGUAAUCUGCACACAGUAAUUAAUGGAUGCAUUAAGGGAAAUGGAAGUCUCUAUAUUUGUUUUGAGCUUUUUGAAACAUGUGCACAUCAAUAAGGGAAGCUUAAUUUGCACACUUUUGUGAGAUUUUCAAAGCUUAUGUCACUUUGAAGUGUAUGUAAAUUUCCAUUUAUGUAUGUUUUUGUCUUGUGUAUUUUCAAACGAUUAAAUUGAAAUUAAAUUGUGACCUCUCUGUAUUAGAGGAUAAUAAUGAAGUGCAAAUUGAACCCAGCUCAGUUAAAACCUGUAUGGUGUUGUCAGCUUGAGAGUGUUUUCUUCAUAAAGUUGUUUCAUUACCUUUAAAAAGUAUUGAAUGUUUUUAAGGAAAAUGUCAGUUGACCAAAUGAAUACAUGUCUUCAUAUCACAGCCAAGCACUUUUAUUAUAAAGUGUCAGAAGAACAAAACUACAUGGUUUCAAACGUGCUGUAAUUAAAAAGAAUAAAAACUUGCAAUAUUUGUUUUGUA